CGCGCCCACCUCUGCCCCCUGGUGUGAUCGCUUAGUUAUAUCUCCUUCAGCAGGAGUUCCUUUUCUUUCCUUCCUCUCUUUUGUCCCUUUUGGAUUUUACAGAAUUUCAUUACCUGCGAGGGGGGAAAGAGAGAGAGAGAAAGACUAGAUCGCCCACCGUUUGGAUUUGCAAGAGCCGCCGACCGCCUCUUUGGCGCUUCGCAUCAUUCCACGUGGAUCUAUCCUAUCGCUGCUUUACCAUCGCGGGUCUCCUCUCUUGGAGUGGGGAGGCAGCCUCGCUCUGCCGGCUUCUCGGUCCCAGCAGCUUGGAAGAUCCCUGCCUGGCUUGGACCCUCCCCUCGUGUCCUAUCCAUCCGUCUCAGCUUGGUUGCGCGCGCUCCACCGAUCUCCCGGUUCUACCUCCCUGGACCAGCUGGCCUUGCAGGACCCCCGAUGCCUCCCCUGGACUCCCCGCUGCUGUUGAUGGGGUGCCUCUCUCCGAUUUCCAGCCAGGGACUUUGCAUCCAGGGCGAGUUCCUACUGACAGGCGGUGCACCCUGCGGCCAGUCUGGCUUCUGCUGCCGUCUGCCCUGAACGUUGGGGUGGAUCGGCUGCUUGGGAGUGAGGGAAGCAGGAGAUCCCCGGCUGCACCUGCGGGGCUGCUGCUGGGGGAGGGCGCGGAGCAGCAACAGCAGCUCCCUCCCCCGCCUGGAUUGUGAACUAAAGUCUGCCCAAGCCAACUCCCCCCACCCCUCAAACGCCCGCCCGCUGCCGUGCCGCUUUCAGCUAGUCGCCCACCCACUUGGAGGAUCUCAGCGCCCCGGGCUCCAUAGGCAUCUCUGAACUGGAGAACUGGGGAUUCCUGGCGUUCAUGUCCCCCUUGGGUCUGAAGAGACCAGAUCAAAGGGUCCUGUGCUGGAAGGAAAUCUAAGAUGAAGUUAUGGGAUGUGGUGGCUCUCUGCGUGGUGCUACUCAACACAAUCUCCACCUUUCCUCUUCCCGCUGGUAAGACACCUCCCGAGAGGGCCCGCCCAGUGCUAGAAGGGACUGAAGACGAUCACACCUCCAGCAAGCUGCUGACUCCCUAUGCUGGCCAAAUGGACUCUAAUAUGCCUGGCGAUUAUCCCAACCAACUUGGUGAUGUGGUGGAUUUUAUUCAAGCCACUAUAAAAAGACUGAAGAGGUCACCAGAUAAACCUGCUCCGUUUUACUCCAAACGAGAAAGAAACCGGCAAAAUGCAUCAAAAAAUACUAAUAAUUCCAGCAGCAGAAAGGGACGGAGAGGUCAACGGGUAAAAAACCGGGAUUGUGUCUUAGCUGAAAUACACUUAAAUGUGACUGACUUGGGUUUGGGAUACACCACCAAAGAAGAGAUGAUUUUCCGGUACUGUAGCGGUUCGUGCGAGUCCGCUGUAACCCUGUAUGACCAAAUUCUAAACAAUUUGACCCAGAACAGAAAGUUAGCCAGUGACAAAAUAAGACCGCAGCCUUGCUGCAGACCUAUUGCUUAUGAUGAUGAUCUUUCAUUUUUGGACGAUGACCUUUCAACAUACCAUAUACUGAGAAAACAUUCCGCUAAAAAAUGUGGAUGCGUCUGACGUCCUUUUGUGUUUGGACAUUGCUAUGGUAUUGCAUUCCUGCUAAAAUGGCAAAGAAGGGACCAAGGCUCCCAAGGAGAUGGAAUGAUGGCUUAGGAUGAAGGAAGAGGACCAAGCAUACAGGACGGCAGCAGUCGUGGGAGCCUGGUUGGUUGAAAUCCAGCACAGGAUAAUGGGAGAAGAUGCAACCGUUGUUGGGGGCUUCUUGUCUGUACAGGAAGGCAAAUAAUAGGCAUCAAUGCUCAGGGGCGGAGAUCCAGGAGGGAUGGAGGUUAACUACACCAUUUGCUUUGAGGUGAUCCACCUUUGGCAAUACUUGGCUAGGCAGGUGCUUAACAACACAACCUCUGUUUGAUCAUUUGUCUGGCUUUUUGCAUUUCCAGUUACAGAAUUGGAAGCAACCACCAGCUACCCCAAUGCUAACCCCAAUAUAUGGGCACAAUUUGACUUUGACUUUUAAGAGGAGGUGAGUGGUAGUCAUCUAUGGGUUUCAUGACUUAUGGGCUACCAGACCAUAAUGUUCCAGAGAAUAUAGCAAAGGGGUGGUAAAGUCUGAGUUAGCACUUAAGACACAAAUGCAUUUAUUGUGAAGGGUACUUCACGGCCAUGGCCACUGCUUUCCCCCUCUUCCUGCAGACUUGUCAUUCCUUGCUGUCUAUUCCACCAAGGCAUGUGGCUCUGUCCCAAGCAAGCCUAUUCAUAAGACCUGUGUAAUUUGAAUAGAUGCAGUAUCUCUGUGAGGCACACAUUUACCACUGGGAACAAAUGAAGCAAAAGCAGGGUAGGCAGGAACAUGGAAAGAAGUUAAGCUACAAGGCGGAUGAGAAGGCAGUCCCAGCUGUAGAAAGUGAAAGUAGAGGAUUUGAGAAAGAAGAAUGAUGUCUGUUUGUGAGGCAGCACAUGGGGAAGCUUGUGUUUCCCAUGCUCUCACACACACACGUUUCUCCAUAGGUGGGUCGUUGUUUAAAGCAGCAUGUUUCAAAUGUCCUACGCUCAAGCAAUCCUUCUACAUUAAUUUGUCUGCCAAGAGAGUCAUGCGUUGCACAGAAUUCUGGGGCAUGAGGGUACACUCUCCGUUCAUGCAGGUUGCUGGUCAGCCCUGUUGGGCCUAGCUGUCGCCUUGUACAAGAAUGAGCCUUAAAAUUCACUCAUGACUUCCCUGCAGUUAGUAGGUAGGCACUAACGGUAGGCACACUCUUUGGUAAUGGUAAUGGUGGGCACACCCUGAGGGGAAAGUUGUCUGCCAUUACUAAAGUUCUCACUGAUUUUUACCCUUGAUAGAAUUCCAAGGAGCUGCAGGAAUACUGUUUAAAAACCCUCUAGUUGAAAGGGUUUCUGUCAAGAGUACCUAUGAGAGCGGUUUCUUCCAGUGCUCCCAGGGUAACAUGAGAAGCCCUAGACCAUGCCAAAGAAGCCCAUGCUGCAACUCCUCCCCUUCCAGUCUUCAGAAAAUGGCACAGAAAGGAGCCAUAGCUUGGACGCCUCCCACAUGGUACAUGGCCAUGCAUGUCCACGGGACUUUUCUGGGGAGGGUAGGCAAAAGCUGUAAGCCUAUCUCCACUUACCUGGGAGUAAGUCCCAUUGAAUUCAGUAGGACUGGCUCAAUCCAGGGGAAGCAACUUCCUCUCCCUUGCUCCUCACCGCUCUGGACGCCCACGUACUAGGCUUCUCAGGUUACCUGGUGGCCCAGGAAGUAACAACACUGCUGAAGCUCCCACACCACCAGAGUAACUUGAGUACCAGGCCUCAGAUGUGAGCAGAAAUAUUUUUAGUAUAUUAGGGACAAGUCAGGAAUGGUUUUCACCCAGCUGAAGUUCUGCAUGGCUUUAAAAGCUUUUUUUUUUUUUAACCCUAUUCCAAAGGGACAGCUGAUUUCUGAAUUCAAUCCCACUUUUUUUUCAAGACAGUGAUUACUUAGAGUUCAGGUCAUUCUGAUUCUCUGUGAAUAGAAGUUGUGUUUUUAAUCACUUGUUCCUGCCUAAGCUAUGCCAUGGAAAAAACAUGUGGAUCUUUUUUUCUUUUUUUUGGUUUACAAAAGGACUAAGGUCAUUUACUUAAUUGCAUUUCUAUUUGAGGUCGUCAUGAGCGAGCAGAGACUACUUGAUGCAAUGCAUCCAGUCAGAGACAAAUCUAGAUAAAAAAUAUUUAUUGAGAUUUAAGUUAUUAUGAUGAAUAUUAUUAUUUAUUACAGUUCGGUCAGGAGUU